UUAUCAUUACCCCUGCACCUUGUGGAAAAAAAAAACUGACCCAAUCUCAAACCCAACCCCAACCCCUCCUACCUUCCAUCUUCGGGCGCAAUCGGCCCCGACGCCCCCCCUAACUCCUGACUCUUACACUCAGCCCCAUCUGCCUAUCAUGACCACCAUUCAAAACAUAAAGAAUUUUAUUCGUCACGGGAAACAAGCUCGUUUGGUGACCCAUUCUGAGCCAACCACCGACGUGUCCACCGUUCACGCCGAACAACAACCUCACCAAGGCCAAUUCUCCCCCGCACUGGAUUCCUUAGAUCCUGACCUGAGAGGAAAUGGUCCUGCAGCUUCCCAGAAGAAGUCAGAAUCCCAAGUCCGUCGUGACCGCUCCGUGGAAAUUGAACGCCUGGUCCAGGAGGAGAACGUAAGCCGAUCAAAGAUGCCUAAAUACCCGGGCUUGGAUCGAUGGAUCCUGGUCGAGAAGAUGGGAGAUGGAGCCUUCAGCAAUGUCUACCGAGCCAAGGAUUCCACAACAGAGUAUGGUGAAGUGGCCAUCAAGGUAGUGCGGAAAUUUGAAAUGAACAGCAAUCAGCGUGCGAACAUCCUCAAGGAAGUCCAGAUUAUGCGCAACCUCGAUCACCCCAACAUUGUCAAAUUGAUCGAUUUCUCCGAAUCCCGCCAAUAUUACUACAUUAUCCUGGAGCUCUGCCCCGGAGGCGAGCUCUUCCAUCAGAUCGUGCGAUUGACCUACUUCAGUGAGGAUCUCAGCCGACACGUCAUUAAGCAAGUGGCCGAAGCCAUUGAAUAUCUUCACGAGACAUCCGGCGUUGUUCAUCGUGACAUCAAACCAGAGAAUUUACUUUUCUACCCGACACCAUUCGUUCCCAGCAAAGGUCCGAAGCCCAAGCAGCCGGGCGACGAAGAUAAGGAGGAUGAGGGAGAAUUUAUCCCCGGUGUUGGCGCGGGCGGCAUCGGCACGAUCAAGAUUGCCGAUUUUGGUCUGUCCAAGGUGAUCUGGGACAGCCAGACCAUGACCCCUUGUGGAACGGUUGGUUACACCGCGCCAGAGAUUGUCAAGGACGAGCGGUACUCUAAGAGUGUGGAUAUGUGGGCUAUGGGAUGCGUGCUCUACACCCUGCUGUGUGGUUUCCCUCCAUUCUACGACGAGAGCAUCCAGGUGCUCACAGAGAAGGUUGCAAGAGGCCAAUACACCUUCCUAUCGCCCUGGUGGGAUGAUAUUUCCAAGUCCGCGCAGGAUCUUAUUUCGCACUUGUUGACCGUCGAUCCCGAGAAGCGUUACACCAUCAAGGAGUUCCUCGCACACCCAUGGAUUCGCGGAACUGACGAAGAAACGACCGCCGCUGCCGACGCUCCCCCUCUGGCAACACCUAUGGGUCCGGUGCCGAACGGUGAUCAGCUCGGCCCCACGGGUGCCGACCAAGCCCCUUACCAACCCGCCAGCUCCAGACUACUGGAUAUCCCUACCACCGGCUCAGACCGUCGCAUGGACUUCCGCUCCCCUGGUGCCUUCAAUCUGCGUGAGGUCUUCGAUGUUGGAUACGCCGUCCACCGACAAGAGGAGGAAGGCAAGCGCCGCCGGAAUGUCCGUCAAGCUGCCCGAAACAAUCCUACCGCUGGAUUCCAGUCUGCUCUGGGCGCUUUGAACGAGGGUUAUGAUGACGAAGUUGACUACCGCCAGCAAGCCGAUGCUUCUGGCCCGCCACCCGCUAAGAUCGUCAAGGCCACCGGCGGUUCAGGUGACAUGGCAGGCAUGGAAGCUAAGCUCCGUUCCACCAACCUCGGUGCCCAGAGUAGUGCUGCCCAGGCUCGCCAAGCCCACCGCCAGCCCCGACAGCAGCCGCAGCAGGGAUACGGUCAACACGACGCAAAGGUCGCCGCAGCUGCUAAGAGCGCUAUCGGUCGUAAUUCCCAGCAGCCGUUUGAGCUAAGCUUGAAUGGUGCCACAUUACUAGAGAAGCGUGGCCGUCGUAAUCAGCCUGUGGUCUAAGCAUAAGAACUAAGAAAACGAAAUGUUCUGUU